AUGAACUCGUCGAUCGCUUUGCUAACGUUGCUGCUCGCCAGUGUAGUUUCGACAGUGCCUCCGUGCAGUACCGGGAGGGUUGCAGUUCCGAAGGAUACCGAACAGUUUGAGUGUUGGACCGUGGAAGAACUAGAGCGCCUCAAGCAACUCGAAAGCGGCAAGCGUUUCGAUGCGGAAUAUGGCACACGGUUCCUGCUCUGGACGGAAAAAUCCAACCCAGAAGAGCGAGUGGAGUUGAGGUUCAACGAUCUGUCCGCGUUGCGGAACACUACGUUCGAUCCCCGCAAUCCCACGCGCAUUCUCAUACACGGAUGGCUCGGCGACUGGCAAUCGGCUGCGGUGCGUGAACUUUCCAGGGCGUAUCUGGCGAAAGGUGCGUACAACGUUAUCGGUAUCGACUGGUCAGCUGGUUCGUCCACGAUAGUCUACCCAGCUGCACGGUUGCGUGUGGGUGCGGUUGCCGCUGCGAUAGCGAAACAGAUAGGCGUACUGCUGCAGGCGGGUCAGCAUCCAUCGCAGAUUGUCAUCAUUGGCCAUAGCCUGGGGGCACACAUCGCCGGCCUGACGGGGAAACACUACCAAACCGAGCCCAAACUAGCGGCCGUGAUCGCACUCGAUCCGGCCGGACCGCUCUUCGGACGCGAUCAACCAUCGGAGCGGGUCGAUGCGUUCGAUGCGGCGUACGUUGAGGUCAUACACACCAACAAGGGUCUGCUGGGACACCGUGAUGCACUUGGGCAGGCCGAUUUCUACCCAAACGGUGGCCAAUCCCAGCCCGGCUGUCUGACGAGCACCUGCAGCCACGAAAAGGCGGUAGAGUACUUCCGCCGAUCGCUGGGGACCGAUGGGGAGCCACUGUACGUGGGACGGCAGUGUGAUGCGGGCGCGGUCAGUAAUAAGUGCGACGGUGCACAGGCGGUCAUGGGUGGCGAUCUGAACGAUAGCUACAAAGCGAAGAUGAACGGCUUGUUUUAUCUCACGAUCGGUAAAUAAACGACAUACGAUAAUUAGUGGUACGGGACGCAAUCGGGCGAUUAGCAAUCUCAUGCAUGUUUGUGAUUCGCUUUAUGUCGAUGUAAAAGAAGGGAAAUGUACAACAAUGUUCUUACGGACUA